AUGAAGGAAUUUAGAACAUUCAAACCUGAAAACUGGCGAGAUAUAGAUCAAGUGUUCAUUCUACCCAGACCAAUCAAUGGGAGAUACGCAAAAUUCCAACAUUCACUUGAAAAGUCAACAAGCAGAUCAAAAUGUCUUAAUUUCAAAUUUUUCGGCUGUAAACUGACACGUAUAACUGACAUCAACAGCAACAAAUCAUCUGAAAUGCUGCCUCUUGAACAUGAAUUGUUAUCUGGAGAUUCAACUGUCUUGAAUACAAAUCUAACGAGAUGUGUUGAACUUUGCAGUAUUCAAAACAAUUGCAGUGUUGCCAGUUAUAAUAUAUCGUCAAACAAAUAUGUAUAUGACCAACCCCUUGGUUCGUAUGGCGACUAUAAUGAAACGAAUAACGAACAUCUCGAAACAAAUAGAUCCAUCGAACCAGUCGGACUUUGUAAUCACUACAUGGAUAGUCCGUUUGGAUUGUGGAAAAGUAAGGAUAUAACCAAUGGUGGGCAUUGUUUUGCCAAACUACAAAACAUUGGAAUUGUGGUGUCGUUCCCGAGAGCUAAACGCAAAGAUGGAUUGUACUUUGGUCACGUACAAUACGUAGAUACAGAUUCUAUUAUUACGUCCUUAAGUUACCCCUUCAGGACAAUUUUGGACAGUAAUCUACAAUGGAUUGUAAACUUCAAACAACAUCAAUUUGCCAAAUUGGUUUUCACAAACGUCUCUUUAUCAGAGGUAUACAUUUAUUAUAUGAAAUAUGGUGCUUUCUAUGAUGUGGAAAGCCCUUAUCAUUUAAUUACAAGCAUAAAGUUUUCGAGGGAAGAUACGAAAAGUAAAUAA